AUGUUCAAAAUAAAUUUCAUAAUUCUUGAUCCCAGAAGUGAUAUUGACUUCAGCAUAGAUGGAGACAACAAAAAGAAAGAAAGUGUGUGCAAAAGUUCAGAUAGGGGUGAUUCCAGUGGAUUGGAUGAUAGUGACUUUGAUGCCAUAGCUGAUGCUUCAGGCAAAGCAGGAGAGCUCUUCACUGAGACCAGCGCUGUGUUCCCUGGCUCUACUUUAAUCGGCAUUUAUUAUGAUGACCCCCAAAAGGUUGAACCAGCAAAACAACGGUACAUCGUUGGUGCCAUUAUUGGCCGGGAUGGUGAAGAUUCAGGCCUUAAGGAGAACAUGGAGGUGAUCACUUCCAAUUCAUACAAGGUGGCUCACUUCCCAGCAAUAACCCAUGGUGUGCUUGCCACAUUCCCAUUCUAUCAUACCAUCUCUAUCCUCAUUGCUGUUGCAAGAGUUUACCCCAAGAUCAAAGACUACGUUGAGACACGGAAUCUCUGUGCUCACCCUUUCUUGGAAGUUUAUGAGAAGGAGGAGAUCCAGUUUGUUGGUCCAUUAUCCCAGCAGCUGGAUUUUUAUGUCCCUGAAGCUAGAUUGCCAUCAGGUGAAGAUGAUGAUGAUGAAGAUGACCAGGAGAAAUCAGAGAAUGGAUCAAGAGAACAUAGUCAAGGAUCUGAUGUGCAAGGGGGUAGUGAACCACCUAGGCCAACUCCACAAUGUUCAGGGGGAGAAGAAACUGGACCUGGAGAUCGUGCAGCCUCGUGGCCUCCAGCCAAAAUGGAUGAUGAUGGAGGUAAUGGGACACCAAGCAGGGGAUCCAGUCAGCCAUCAGCAGAUGAAAAUGGUGGAGCAACUCCUGAUGAUGCAAGCACUGCAUCUUCUUUUGAAGAGGUUUCCAUGGAUGCUGUCCCAAAUCGAUCAGGACUACCUGAGGAAUAAUUAUUCCUCUCCUACUGUAGGCUUCCCUCUUCUCUACUUGCAUGUAAAUGUGUUUUUCAUUUUUAGCAUCUUGUCCACUGCUCACAUGAAACAUAAUCCUGUUCUGUAGUAUUCCUCUAGGAAGAGGGUGAUAUCUUACUUAAUGCUUUUGAUGUGCUGUUCAUGACAGUUCUAAGGUUUGGAAAGAUUUACCUGAUUCUUCUUGCUGGUGGCUUAAAUUAGAACAACAUGGACUGUGAUCCCUCUUCUGAUCCUUCCAGUGUCUUUCUCUUGCUCUCAGGUGAACUGUGAAAAUGGUCAUUCCCAGCCUGUUUUUGCUUUUCCUCUUUCCUCUUAGUAGAAUUUGAUAGUGACUAGUCUUAAUUAGUGGAAGCUUUACAGCCCUCCAAUAUUUUUUCAUACCAACAUAGCUGAAUGAAUAUUUUGUAAAUAUCAGCAAUAGGAAAAAGCCACAGAGAGACUUGGGUGUGCCUUGGUACAGCUUGACUGUCCAUUGUGGGUUUGGAGCAUGACUGUUGUUCUUUUUCAGAAAAGCAAUAGGGCUACAGGAUGGGGGAAAUCAAGACUGAGAAGAGCAGGGAAUUGUGAAAUGGGAAAGAAAAACCUAAGGCUAUUGGGACUUGAUGUGAUAUUGUAGAGAAUGGCAUGAUGAGAAAAGGGAUAAGUCAUGAGGGAUGAAAACCCAACAGCACUUUACACAUACUAUGUGGUAACUGUGUGUCAAUCUACACACGAAUACAAAGCACACCAAGCCUUUGAUGCCAAUCCUGACAGUAUGAGUAUCAACGACCACUCAAGAUAGAGGCUCAAACUUGUAGACAGGCUGGAAUAGUUAUCCUUAGCAGGCUUGAAGAACUUCCCUUAAGAAUUUCAAGGAAUCAAAGUACUCAAGAAGAGGGCAUCAUUAAUUGUGGGUGUUCCCAUAUAUAUGCAGAGAAGUCAGUUUCCAGUCUGAUUAGCCAUGCAGUCUUGUGUUCAUGUGCUAGUCAUAAUGUGAUGGUGUAUGACUUUAUGUAAUGUUGCUAAUCCAUCAGUGUGUGGAAGGCUAUACCUGAGGAUAAAGUUUCUGCAAUAUAGACCUACAAAGAUAUUAAGAAAAACCAAAAUAGAAAUUUGAUAUGAGUAGGUAUACAUGGAUUCCUAUAUGACUGUUAAAGUGGUACAAUGUUCCCUGUUUAAUUGGGUCAUAGAACAGAAAUUUUUCAGUGUAACUUCACUUCUGAAAAUUGUUAAUGGAAAAACUAGUGAAGUCGUGUGGCUGCAUCACAUCUUCAG